AAGGGAGCAGUUUAAAGUGUCGUUUGUGGACCCAUACCCACGUGUCCAACAUCCAGGAAUCACCACCGUCGCCCAUCGUUCCAUUGACUAGAUCGCAUCCCUUAGCUCCCCGUUUUAAACCCAAGUAUAAAUCCAGACAAACUCGCCGAAAUAGUCAUUCGAUCAAACCGCGCCGUGCAGCCAUGACAGCGGCUACAUUUAUGCGUGUAACGAUAACAGCUCUAAUGAUCGCUGCGGCCGCAUCACAGACCCGUCCAACGGCCUACACUAACCACACUGUCGGAGGUAACGCCGGCUGGUUCUUCAAUUCUACCACCAACACCGCCGCCGCCGCUAACUAUUCCUCCUGGGCCGCUGCUCAGACUUUCAACUUAGGAGAUUUCCUCAUUUUCAACACGAACUCUAAUCAGACGGUGAUCCAGACAUAUAACGAGAGCACAUUCAGGAGCUGCACAACGGACGAUGCGUUGGAUAGCGAUACGUUUCAGUUCGGCGGUGGAAGCACGGCGUUCGGUGAAGCGUUGACCAUUCCUGUAGCGUUGACUAUUGAAGGUCCAAAUUACUUCUUCUCCGAUGCUGAUGACGGCAGCCAAUGCCAACAUGGUCUGGCCUUCGAGAUCCAAGUCAAUCACGGCCUUGGCUUGCCGCCCAGCCUUAACCAGCCUCCGCCGCCUCCGUACAUAGAACCUCCAGGUCCCGACUCAGCUCAGCCCCCGCCGAUUACUAUUGCCGGGGGAUCAGAAACCCCGCUGAAUUAUGGGGUCAAGGACGGCGCUGAUAUGCGCAGAGUUGCGUGUGCCGUUCUGUUUGCUGUAGCCGGCGUUACUCUGCUUCGCUGGUGAUCCAGAGACUAGAGGUGGCCCACGUUUUUGAAUCCUUCGGUGUGUGUUUGGUGAUUUGGAUAGAGGUAGCAGGUUGUUUGGACAUGUUAGGAUGUAGAUGCGAAAUGCUCUCUUCCCGUUUUCCACGGAUAAUCAUAUUCUUGUCCGGAUUACAGUUUCUGUAUUUGUCUCCGAUUCUUUUGCUGGAAAUGAAUCAUAUACUUUGAUUUUUAAAAGAAAGAGAGAAAAAAAAAAAAAGAGAGAGAUGUUAUCAAUUUCAAACCAUUUGAUUGAUUUGGUUACUGGAA